GUGCAAGGUGCCGGGUACUAAGUGCGUCCUGGAGUUUCACGAGUGGAAGAAGGUGGAGCCUAAGGGAAAGCCGCUCACUCAGGUGUGGCUGCGGUUUUCAGGGGCCCCAUCUGAGUCCUUGUCAGAUGCUCGAGUUGUGGCGAGUUUGGGUAUGUUGGUUGGUAAGACUGAGGAUGUGGACAUGGCUUUCACCCGCGCACAUGGGGUGGCACGGCUCUUAGUGGGUGUUUUGGACAUCGAUUUUAUCCCAGAUAGGGUCAACUGGUUUUAUCGGGGAGAGGUGUUUCCACUGGAGAUAGAGUUUGAGGAUUCAGAGCUGUUUGCCGAUGAGGUUCCCGGGGCUGAUAUGGAUAUGCACGAGGGGGAUGAUGAUCCCGAUGCUCGUGGGAGCCCGAAUAAUGAGGCGGGACGCGAGAGGGCCAAUGGGUCGAGUCCGGCUGCUCAGUUGCCUGGUGUUGGUUCUGGAGUAGAGUCUCCAUCGGCUCCAGCGGUACCGAUGAACACGUUGCGGUUCGGAUCCUUCGAGCCAGCAUCGGCUCCUCCCCGGCUCUGGAGUGACAGGGUGGAGUCUGCUGAUAGUUUUGAGUGUAUGCUUCCGCCGUUGGAGCUUGAUGAUGGGGCUUGUCCUGUGGACGAUGGUUUGUUGGAGACACUCUCGGUGACGGCUGUGGGAGGGGUUAGGGAGGUGGAGCCUCAGAUGGGGCUGCUUUCUCCUACCACCUCAGUGGUCUCGUGCCGGAUUGCGUCGACGGUCUCGGAGGUUCGGUUUGGGGAGGGGGGUUUGGGGCAGGUGGCCUCGGCCUCUCCCUCUAUCAGUCUGGCGCCAGGGACACCGGUGGCGCCGGCGAUGGUCGGCUGUGGGGAAGGCCGCAUGGGUCAGGUGGACCUGGCCCUCUCUCCUGUGGUGACGCCGGUCACGGUGGGGUUGGCCAGCGCCGGGGGAGGGAGCCCGAGGCAGGCGGCCUCGGAUCCUGCCUCUCCGGUUCUCGCGGUGACUCCCGAUCCAGUAGCCGCACUGGGGGGGGGGGGCUGGGGCAGGUGGCCAUGGCUCUCCCUUCUUCACCGGCGGUCAGGAGGACCGCCGCUUUUACGCCGACGGCUCUACCCUCUGCGUCGGCAGGGGGGAUAGGAGGAGGGCACGGGCAGACGGCUCCUGCCUUCUCUUAUCCGUUCGUUCCCGUGGCCACGGACCCCGGCGCGGGGUUAGUGGCCGGGGGGAUUGGGAGCGCGCAGCCACCUUCUCCGGUAAUCUCGGUUGAUCCUUUGAGGGACUCAGCGCGAGGCUUUACUAGGGAGGAGGUCGUUGCUUUUGGCGGGAUUCCAGACCCCGUCUCGUCGGGGAGACGGUUCUGUGCUCGUCUCCACGAGCUCCCGGAGGUGGAUGAUAUGCAGCGGAGGUGCGCUAUGAGGGCGGCCAAGCUUCAGGAUGCUGCAGCCUCUUCUGGUUAUUUUCCGAGCCACGGCCGUGAUCCGUUCAUGGUCGCUACUCACUCCGAUGGAGGCCAGGGAGCAUUUGGUUACUGGAUCUAUCCGCUGGGAGAUGGUAGCUCGGGAUAUCUUCAACCGGUUUGGAUGGCGGUCAUGUAAUAGGAUAGGAAAUUAGUUUACCUAUCUAUCUUUAGCCAGCCGGUUGUGGCGUCUUAUCUUGGCUAGGCUGUGUGGCCAGCCUCUUUAGCUCU